AUGCGCGACUUCCUCCCAGCCCAUCGCCGUUCAUUCGCCGCCGAUUGGCAGAAAGAUGCUGACGUCCGUUAAAAAAGGGCAAGACGCGCGAAGGAGCUGAGGACAGAACAUUUCAAUCACCGAGCACAUCCUUUGCCGCCUCUCCAGGUCGGCAAUGCAAUUCUAAUCCAGCACCCGAUCUCGAAAUGCUGGUCAACACCCGGCAUCAUUGUCGAAGUCGGACCGAACCGUGACUAUCUAGUCAAAACUCCAGCUGGACGUGUGUUCCGGCGAAACCGGCGAUUUCUACGUCGUCGAGUUCCAGUGAUGCCUGCAGCCGUAGUGCCACCAACCGCACCCGCACCCCCAGCCCCUCCGGCAAUCCCUGGACAAGCGGUCGCUCCGUGUCCGGCAUUGGAUCCAGCUCCGGUUGACCAAGGUGGAGAGGAUCCUCCUCCACAACGUUCAGUGCGGGCCCCGAAGCCAUCAUCUUCGUAUCCUCCCCAUACAUGGUCGAAAUAA